AUGGCUUCGCUCCAAGACGACCGCAAGCCCCACGAUGGCGACGACUCCGAGUGGACAGCGACCAAGGCCCGCUCACAAGUGCCAUUAUGGCUCCCAAUAUCAGCGUUCGUAGGAACAACGCUAGCGCUGGCCAUCCCCAUGCUCAUGGUCCGGCGUCAGCGCAAUAUGGUAUCGAAAAUGUCUCUACAUGGGUCCACGGCUGCACCACCACGGAGACUGAAAGCCGGCGGAGGGGGCGCUACCGCAGAAGAAACCACAGCCAGGCUUAAAUCUCUCGCGGCAGAACCCUCGUCGAGCCGUGCAGUAGAUUUCAAAAUGGAGUCGGCAUCGGAUUCUGAGGGUAGCGGCGUGGGGAGUAUGAUGUCGGCAAUGUCGAGGCUGAAUCUGCAGAAUGCCCUGUUCGCUGGGAAGGCGUUUGCGAUUGCUACGGCGUUGGUGGCUGUUGGAGGGACCGCGUUUGCGUGGACGGUUAAGAGUGUUAUGGGUGUUCAGGAUACUCGUGAAUUCGGAAUUCGCGUUCGAGCUUUCCUUUGGUCGGCAUGGCCUGGUCUGACGUCAAGCAUCCACCGCGCACCUCAGAACGACGACGAGCGCACAGAAGGGAAUGCUGUUGCGCCGUUUGGGAUUCAGGAGGAAUGGAAGUGGGAGGAAGCUGAAAAUAGACUGAAGAGAGCGUAUGAGGAGGGUGGGUUCCCGCUAUGGGCUAAGACCGCGUUGAGGGAGAUGGAGGCGGAGGCUAGAGUCGAGCGAGCGAAGAGGCAGCGCGAGAUUGAAGAGUCUUUGCGACAGCAAAAGGUGUAGAAUUUUAGAUCGUUGACUGCUCAGCUUAUAUAUUUCUAGAUUUGUAAAUCUUAAUCCACCGCCAUUCACCUUG